GGUUUCUACUCGGGCCUUCCCUGAGUUUGAUUCGAGCGUAGAGCUAGCGGCCAGAUUAGUUGCUAGAUGCAAGUCUACAGCGGACGGGUAAAUGGACAGACGAGCACUCGAGAGUAUUAUUUAAUCUGCAGUAAUUCCCGUCAUUGUAAUCUGUGAGAUGAGCGGUCGGACGGGCGGUUCAAUUAGUUGAAGAACAGUCACUUAUGGCGCGUUGAAUGGCUGGAAAAAUUGGCAAAAGAGCGGACAAUAGAGGAGGCGAAAAGGCGGCCAGAAAGAACUUUAAGACCUCGCGCGAGAGUGUGCUUUUCAGUCAGUAUUCCGUCUGCUUUUUGUGACGGUUUUUCCGCCCAGUGGGGCCCAAGUUGUGCCUAUUGUGUGGGCUACCGGACGGCUGCAGUUAGGGCGGAUCAGUCCCGAAGAUAACUUGAGCCAUUUGGGACGACAACUUUACAGCACUUGCUGAUCGCAUCCUGCAUAGCGGGCUUGUGAAAAUGUGCGAAACUAGUGCGGAAAAUUCGGGUCGAACGGUGAAAAGGUACCGCGAAGAUUGAUUGAAUGCGAAGUCUCGUCCUGUGCAGUGCAGAGUGCGUUUUCGCGGAGCAACCGCCUGACCUGGAAACACCCCGUAUGGAAAUCGGGAUUGAAAACGCGAAAAAGGAGUCUGGAUAAAAUGCAAGAGUGGAUGAUUGUGAGAUAAUGUAAUGGAAAGCAAGAGUGACAGUGGUAGCUGUGGGUUAUUUGGAAGGAUUCGCGUAUGACUCCGAAACGGAUGUGGUAUUACCCACGCCUACCGACUCGAAUGCGAUUCAGGAUUCUAGUUAAGACCAGAUUUCAGUUGGCCAGUUAGCGAAAUAGUGGCAAGUGACGGUUAGGCGUACGAACGAAAGGCCCGAAAUCGGUAAGGACCUACGGCAACAAGGAUUGUCGCGAGUAGACUAGCCCUUUAGGACCCUUCAGCUGACAACACGAGCAUGCAGGAGGCUCUUCAAAUGUUCCAUGUUCCACGUUUCAUCAGCACCUGGCGUAAACUGUAAAUAAAAUGUAAAAUAUUCUGUUUUCAUCUGACAACGUAAAAAAAACGGAAUAAAUUUAUGAUUAUUAAGAGAAAAGCUUUACAAUUUAGAUAAAAAAAAAUUAGUGUUCUGGCAAAAAAAAAAAGAAAACAAGAUAUUAGAAAACUUUGUAUCUAACAAUGACGGAAAGUAGCGUUCUGUUGCAUAGUAACCGGAAUAAAACGAUAGUGGAUAUUUCAAAUUUAAUAUAAAAUGAACAAUUCAUAAUACAACUAACACACUAGCACAUAUAAUUAAAUGAAAAUAAUAUAUAUUCGUAGUAAAUAAAUUAGUUUCUUGUUGUUGUUAAUACGUUUUGUAUUUUGUAAAGAGAAAAAGAUAAAUAGGAAGAACGACUGUAGCCGGUCUGAAUUACAAUUUUAAUAAAAAUAGAUAUGUAUCGGUAUAUCAGAGUAGAUAAUUGGCCAGUUCGGAAUAAUAAUUAUAUAAAUGUAUGUUAAUUAUAACAACACCUAACGGAAAAUAGUAAAAUUAGUGAAUUUUCAAGGAAACGAUAAUCAUUCAAUUGAUUCGAUUCGUCGUGUAAACUGAACAUUGGAAGAUAUUUUCGAUUAAAUUAUGGAGAUAGCAGAAAUAAAUAUUCAGCUGGUUGAAGAUUACGACUACAAGUGAUUAGGACGUGUUGUACCCAACCGCUCUGUUACAGACGAUAUGGGCACAACAUGGCCUCAGAACUAUUGUGCGAAACAAAAGAAUCCCAGAAGUUUGAAUUCAGCAAACACCAAGUCUGCUUCGACUAUCAUCGUCCCGCCCCCACGGGUCAGCGGCAACCUGAGCCAUCACGAGGGUCAACUAUUCAACAAUCACGCUCUUCCCAGCAUCCCCAGUUCUCAGAAACAUCGAACGAAGCCGAUUCGAAAAAAUGUCACGAGUUUCCAGGUGAUAGUUGUUUUGAUAGCAUCAAUAAUGAGGAAUUUACUAGUGAGCGAGCGGCAUCAGCACAUGCAACAAACAUUUUGGCCACGUUCAAGGACGAAUAUGCAAUGGAGGGCAAAACGCGAAAACUUGUGCGAUCGUCACCGGCGUCAAAUUAUGGAGAUUUUAACGAAAUUGUUUUUUAUUGUAGUGAAUUUCGCGGGGACAUGGAUUCGACGAUCAUUACAUGCAAUACAGGGAAUCAUAAGCAAUGUUGUAAGAGAUUACUAUGUAUCAAUGGGAAAGUGGGAGGGGAGAGUAUAUCAGCAGCGGUCGAGCGUGAGAGCCAAAUGUAUACAGGGCAAUGCCUUUGCCAGUGUUGCUUCACUGAAUAUUUUCAAAGCUGCCAAACGAAUUGUUGUUCGCUUAGUAAAGACAAAGAUGCUCACAACUAUAACCUUUCUACGACGACGAAUACUAAGAACCCUAAUAAUAAAAAAACAUAUAGUAAGGAUAAUAGUAGUUAUAAAACGUUAUCACAAUGUCCGAAUAAGUGUUUUGUUGAAUUUUAUUACGGAAAUUUUAAAACGCGUUACUGUUGCUGCCAAUGUAAAUGUUCUGUUACUGCCACCACUUGGCCACGAUCCAAAUCAUUAUCAACAUCAUCAUCACAAUCAUCAAAUCUAUCCUUCGUGUGCUCAGCGAAAGCGGUCAAACCACCACUGCACCAAUGCACAUCAGCCAGCGCGAAGUCAAAAGCCAAAAGGAAAGCUAAAGCCAUGCUGCCUACAGAUCCUAGAACAGCUAAAACAAAAAGUGUAUCGCCAAAACCAGAGCAAGUCCAUAACAGUAGAGAUCCUCAAGAGAUCCAGCAAUAUUGCUCCAAAUCAAAUCGAUCACCGACAGUUACAACAACAACUGUUACCAAUGAACGUCCAUCCUCAGCAUCACCUAGUGCAGCAACCAGCCUCUCAGCGAAAUUGCACGCCUAUCAACCGAUCAGACAAUAUCAUCAAGGAGACCCGGUUUUGUCGAAACUCCAAGAGAUCAGGACGAGCACCGUGUACGCCCUGGGCGAUCUGCAGAAGCUUUUGCGAGCUCUACUACCAUUUUUCCUGCUCUUUAAUAUGCUGCCUCUACUUUAUGCAGAAUGCGAUCAAACAUUCAUCUCGCGUGCCGGAGGACCUCAGAACGGAACCUUCACGGCACCUCUCCUUCAUAAUCCAGCGAAUCAUACCAGACAAUGUUUGUACAUCUUCUUAGCAGGCCCCGGGCAGCGUGUUGAAGUAGUUUUUACGACUUUUAACUUGAGAGGAACACCACCUGAUGGAUCUGCUGUGGGCGAGAUACCAGCAUGUGCACACGAAUACAUGGACAUUUAUGCCGAGGUUCAAACAUCAGAUGCAGCCGAUCUAAUUAAUUCGCCAUUUGGUGGACGGUAUUGUGGCCCGAUACCACCACGUCGUCGAAUAUCGAUGUAUCGAGCAAUUGCUCUAUCCUUUUUUACGAAUAAAAACGAAACACUACCUGACUUGUUUACAGGACGUUAUUCAUUUAUAAAUGCAUCGGAAUAUGAAAUUGGUAUACCAAUAUCCGGAUCACCAUGUUCCUACACUGUCACUCCUAGUUCGAAUAAAACAGGUGCUUUAAUAUCGCCAACUUAUCCAGGUGCCUAUCCGAAAGAUUUAUCGUGCACAUAUACAUUUCUCGGUGAAACGAAUCAAAGAGUUAGAUUAGAAUUUCGUGAUUUUGAUCUAUUUUUUGGAGGACCACAUUGCCCAUUUGAUUUCGUUAAAGUAUAUGAUGGUCCAGACAAUUCAUCGGCAUUAAUAGGAACAUAUUGCGGUCAACAAAGAAAUUUAGUUAUAUAUUCAAGCGAAUCGAGUCUAUAUGUUCAUUUUUUUACGCUACCGAGAACAGCGAAUACACAAAAUCGUGGCUUUAAAGGAAUUUAUGAAUUUAGCGAAAGUUUUGUUAAACUAGAUUUUAUACAACAAAACGAUGGCAUUCACAUGCGUGGCUCAGAAUGUGAUCAGAAAGUUUUAUCGAAGAAGCAAUCCGUAGGAUAUGUUUAUUCUCCUAAUUAUCCUUAUCUGUAUAUACCGAAAACAGUUUGUAGAUAUUUUAUAUAUGGCAUGCAGGACGCGCAACAUUUAGAACGAGUUCGUUUAGAGUUUUUUCUUUUUGAUAUACCGAAGGUUGAACACAAAGAUAAAAGCGAAUCAAACUGCACAGAUGGCUACCUCAAAGUUUAUCUAAAAGGACAAGAAACUAUGGAUGCCUACGAUAAAUUCGAUCACGAACUGUGCGGCAAUGAAACACAUUCAGUAGUAAGUGAUGGACCUCGUCUUGCCAUGGUAUUCAGUUCCGGUGAAAUCCAGGGACGUGGUUUCAAAGCGAAAUAUACAUUCGAGACCGAAUAUAAAAUACCGGGAACUGCUGCCCCGGACGGGUCCUGUAGCUUCACGUAUCGAAGCUCGUCAAAGAAAAAAGGCGAUUUUAAUAGUCCAAGAUACCCUUCCAACUAUCCAUCCGAUACGAAUUGUUCAUAUAUGUUUAUGGCAAUGUCCAAUGAGCAAGUAACAAUUGUUUUCGAUCAUUUUCGUGUGAAGGCGGACAAUGUAAAUACAACAGGUGGAGCAUAUGGUGCAUCCGUUUGUUUCGAAGAUUGGCUAGAAAUCUAUGUAUUAUAUCGUGAUGGUUCGGAUCGUUUUCUUGGUCGAUAUUGUGGAAUGACAGCCCCUGGUCCAGUCGAGAGCCCCAAGGGGGCUGUUGGUAUCCGAGUUUUAUUACAUACCGACCUGGAAAAUGUUGCGAGUGGUUUCAAAGCGCGCUAUGUAUUCGAAACUGCCAAAUCCGAAUUUGGUGAUUGCGGUGGAAAUUAUUCGGGUCAAGACUCAGGUAUUAUAACGUCACCAAAUUAUCCGGCUAAUUAUAAGGGUCCCGCUAAAAAUAUGGCAUCGAGUGCCUGUAACUGGUAUAUAACUGCCCGGUCUGGAUAUAAAAUUUCAAUUAAUUUUGAAUUUUUCUCGGUCGAAGGCGAUCCGCCUGGACGCGGAUGUGCAGCUGCGGUUCUUCGCCUUUGGACCAACCUAGAAUCUGAAGCAUCGCCAAUUGAAUUAUGCGGAGAGAAAAACGCUGAUGAUUGGCAUUAUAUAUCGCAAGGACAAUCGGUUAGAAUAAGUUUUAUAACCACUGAUAAAACUAUCGGUGCACAGGGCUUCCGUAUUGUUUGGACUGAAAUCCAAGAUUCUGGCCCGGGGCCACCAUCUUCCAUGUCAGCACAAUGCGAAUCAACCUAUCAUUUUGAAUGCGCUAGCGGCUAUUGUAUAGCUGACAAAUUGCGCUGUGACGGUGUUAAAAAUUGCGGGCCGAAGGACGAUAGCGAUGAAACGAACUGUAUCACGGAGGCCCCCAAAGAGGAUCACGGCGUUCUUAUAAUUUGCAUCAUAGCCGCCGUCUCGUUCCUAACUUGUCUCCUAUGCACACUUUGUCAUCGCAAAAGAAAACGACGGCACCAUAGACAACUAGGCCUUCAUCGAAAUGCAGCUCAUUAUGAUUCAACAACAAGCGCUACAGUAUUGAAUCCAUUUACAGGUUUAAGUUCCAGUCGACGACAUUUACAAGGACCCGCUGGUAGUUUAUCAGAUAGUUUACACGGCAUAAAUACGGGAGCGUUAACAAUACCGCCAGCACCAUCGCCACCAACCAGUGUACCCCCACCACCGCAUAUAUGCACGGCACCUGGUAGCAGUGGAAUUCUAAACGAUGGCGUUAACGACGAUGACGAUGAUGAUGAUGACGAAGAUAAUCAAGAUUUAUUUAUAAAUGAUAUACGAUUCGAUGACGACGAUAAUAAUGGCGAAAGUGUAUAGUUGAUAAUUGGCUAAUUAGAGACAAGCUAAGAAAUUAACUAAAAUAAAUUUAAAAAACAAAAAUAUGUAAAAUUAUAAAAUUAAAUAAAAUUAAAACAACCAAAAAAAAGAAAACAAAAAACUCCUUAGGCUCACUAAAAAUUAAAUUUAAAAUUUUAUACAUACAUGUAUAUUUUUUUUAAAAAAAGAAGACAUAACGGUUAAUUGCAAAAAAAUAAAUAAACGAAACAAAUGCGAUUCGUGAAAGUAAAGAACAAAAAAAAACAGUCACAAUUCCGAAAUAAAGCUACUAAAAACAAGGGAAAUAACAUAAAAACUAGAUGAAAAUUUAGAACAAUAUUCAAUUUAAAAUAGAACAAAAAAGGAUUUAAUUAAUGACAUAGAACAGCCCAAGAGGUAAUAAUAAUUUCAAACAAAUUCUCAUCACUUACACAACCAUGAAAAUAACAACAAUAAAAUUAAAUAUAAUUUAUUAUGAAUAUCUAAACAACUAACACGUGUUUAUUUCAUUUGAUGGAAGUAAUAAAAAUCAAAAUAAAUAAAAUAUGUAGGAAAAUAUUUAUAUAUUGUACUAGAUCAUAAAUUUUUGAGGAAAAACAAAAGAUAUUUGUUGUAGUUAUUUUUUAAUUCAUAUUUAAUUCAUAUGCAUCAUUUUAAAAUGUAGAAAAAUCUCCGAGUUAUAUCUAAAAUUUUUUUUUAUUUUUUCACUUAUAUUGAAGAAUGCCACCACGAUAAAUAUUAAAAUGAAUUUAUUAAAUUAUAUUCAAUGGAUUGAAACACAGAAAUACUAUUUAAAAAUGGUAUAUUUUGGUUUAGGACCAUAUACCUCUAUAGUCUGAUGCCAAUUCACAUAAACUGAAUUAUUUUGGAGGAAACCUCGCACCUUAUUCUUACUAUCUUAGCAGGUAGUUGGUAUGCUCCCAAAAAUCCCUGAAGGAUCCUCCUUUGAACCAAUCGUUUGGAAGGGCCUUAUAACAUCCCAAUUUUUAUAUCGACUCACAAUUCGGUAUUCAAUAGCCAUUGGCCCUAGUGUUAAAUAAAAUGAGACUAAUAGUAAACUGGUAUGAUUCGUGCUUUAAAGCCACUUCGCGUUGACAAAUAAAUGGUUUAAGCAAGCAUACCCUUAUUUAGGUCUUCUCAACACCCUCCUACUGUGAAGUCUUCUGAGUCUUCAAAGUCUAACAAUUCAUUGGCAGUAAUCAAUCUUCUAUAUCUAUCCUCGCAGGGUAGCCCCAUGUGGGAGGACGAAAUCCAAUUUUAUCCCUUCUAAGGGAUUUAUGUUGUCGUGAUAAUCUUGAUCAAUGCUCAUCACAAUCUUUGGAAAGACAUAUUUAUAAUGAACACCAAAUAUCCUUGGGUAGUAAUAUUGAGUUCUCCAACCAUGCUUUGAAAGAAAGGCCUACAACAGAGGAACAACCUACACUGUCUCCUAAUGCCUGACGUUUUCUACACCAUUAUAUUAUUCGACAGUAGUUCAGCAAUACUUCACUUGAAAUAACACGGCAAACGGUGGUUAUUCCAGCUAAUAAGGAUUCUAUUUCCGGCGUUAUUUACUUCUAUAAGGUCACGUAGGAAAACCUAUCAAAAAUUGCUCACGGAAUUACCACACCCGGCAGGGAUAUCCACGGAAGUUCGAAGUUGUUUUCAAUGCUUUGAAGCCAAUCUCCAGUGAAUCCUCGUUUUAGCUACUUCUGCUGCACUUUACCCCCUGGCCAGUACCGACUCACAAGCAUCGCGUUUUUUCUUCGUUUGACAUCAACGAUCUUCUCCUGAGUCCUGCCACACGGCAGCAUAUGAUACAGAUACUCGCAGCAUCGACCGCAUCCUCACAGUAAGGCAUUUCGUCUACUUAAAUGGAACUGACAGUCCAGCAGACUCUGAAGUUCCCGCUGAACUGAAGAUCAGCUAACCGAUACUCGAUACGAUUCAAGGUUCUGUUUUAAAUUGAGCUCUUAUCCUGAAUUCGUCCCUAACCAAACGACGAGUGCCAAAUGAGCUGGCCCGAUUUUUUGAUCCUGUUGGCUUUGUGGCACCCGCGACAGUUUCAAUCAAGAUGCUUUAACCGUCUUCGCAUUACAUGAUGUUUUGAUAUACUUUCCACGGCUUUUCAGAACAUCAGAACAGACAGGUAUGCACCGUGGUCCCCUGGGCUCGCCGCGAAGGCUGCAAGGACUGCGUUUGAAUCUCCUCUAUCACGGUAGUCGAUUACUUUAUCUGAGGUCCCGAAAACGUAUAUUCAACACUUUUUUGACAGAUGUCCUGUGCAUACUAAGGUCCAAUUCUUAGGUCGUGCUUUACUGGAUACGCUGAAGUCUUUUAUGUGGCUAGUCAACUAAGGAAACUCAUGACCUACCCCUCCUCAUCAAAUUAACAUUCCGUAAAAUCGACUGAAAAUCUCACUGUUUACGCCAGUCACGACCUCUUAGCCACGCAAGGAUUAACGAUAACUAUUCUAAUGUCAUCUCUCUCGCAAGGAUUAAGAAUAACUAUUCUAAAUUCUGGACUGCAUUUAUAUACCCAAAAGUAACUUUGCACUGCGUUUGAAUAAGGCUGUUAUCAGCACACUUUCUUGCUCUUCCAAAAGCCAGUAUACAAUGACCGAUUUGCCAGCAUGGAUAAUUAAAAAAUGUCCUGGAGAGUGUGUUAAAAUCAAAGAACAGAAGCUAUAAUCUCGUCUUCCUUGAUUCGCUCAUCCAGCCAUGCAAAAGUUUCACACAAACCGAUCACCUGUUGGAAGGGUUGUUGGUUCCUGUAUCGCCCCAGCCCCAGACCCUCCCAUAUACAUAGUAUGGCCAUAAGUCCUGUCAGUCAAACAAAUCUUUAUUUCUCACGAAGUAAUAAACCAAAUCAAUCGAAAAGCACUUCAUUAGAAAAGGGAAACAUCGAGCUUUCGAACAAAAAAAAAUUAUUCAAAAUGGCCGCCGCUAGCAGCUGUACAAGUCCAAAAUCUGUGAGGCCAUGCAUUGAUCGCUUCACGCACGGUAUGAAGCGGGAUUUCUCGAGCUGCACACACGAUGCUGCCCUUCAAACUCUCCAAAUCGGUGUAAAUUCGAUCACAGGCAGUCUUCUCUAACUUAGGCCAAAGGCUGUAGUCCAGAGGAUUCAAACCUGGGCUGUUUGAGGCCCAUUCAUCCGCGGUUAUGAAGUCAGGAACAUGCGCCGCUAACCACUGCCGAAUUAUCUUGGCUUUGUGAGCGCGGGCCGAGUUCUGCUGGAAGCACCACGGCUUUCUAGCGAAUUUAGAUUCACUUAAUGGCUCGACUACAUCUUCUAACAUAUUUUCGUACACGCUCCCAUUGGUUUUGACACCGGCCUCGCAGCAUGGAUAUCAGUUACUCCGUGAUAUGUGACGCCCCACCAUACCAUGAUACAAGUCGGAUAGUGACGACGUUGGACUCGCAGAGCAUUUUCUUUGGCUUCAUACUAAUUAUGAGCAUA